UUGAGGAAACGAAACUUAAGGUUCAUAGAAACCAAAGUCAUUCGACGGGAAGCAGUUCUCUCUUUCAGGAGGAAAAUAAAACACAUUUUGGAACAAAUAGUCUGACAGACAGAAACAACAACAAGGAAUGGCCUCUGCUACUUCCUGGUCUGAAGAGAACUUUUCAUGUCCCAUCUGUCUGGAUGUUUUCAGCAGCCCAGUUACCACACCAUGUGGACACAACUUCUGCAGAGCCUGUGUUACAAAGUUCUGGGAUGAACAAGUCCAGUACAAAUGUCCUGUUUGCAACGAGGUUUUCCGCACUAGACCUGAUGUACGGGUCAAUACCUUCAUAUCAGAGGUGACUGCUCAGUUUAAAACGUCUGUACGAGUAAAAGAGCAGCCUUGUGUUGAACCAGGAGAAGUUCCAUGUGACGUCUGUAUUGGGACCCAGCUGAAGGCCGUCAAGUCCUGCCUAGAGUGUUUUACCUCUUACUGCCACACCCACCUGGAGCGACAUCAGAGAGUCAGAGGCCUGAAGAAACAUCAGCUGGUCGAGCCAAUGGAUCGUCUGGAAGAAAGGAUGUGUAAGAAACAUGGACGACUUCUGGAGCUCUUCUGCAGGACUGAACAGGAGUGUGUGUGUCAGUUCUGCACAGAGGGUGACCACAGGUCCCAUCCUGUUGUACCUCUAAAGGAGGAAUAUGAAGUGAAGAUGGCCCAGCUGGCAAAGAUAGAGGAGAUGAUCCAGGAGAGAAAGCUAAAGAUUAAGGAGAUCAACGACACAGUAGAAUUGAUCAAGAAAGACGCAGACGGAGAGCUAGCCGGUGGUUUGCAGGCCCUCACCGCUCUUAUGCGCUGCAUUGAAAAGUGGCAGGACGAUUUCGACCAAAUGGUUAAAAAUAAUCUGAAAUCCACAGAGAAACAAGCAGAAGACCUCAUCAGAGAGCUGGAGCAGGAAAUCGAGGAUCUGACCAAUAGAAGCGCAGAGGUGAAGCCGCUCUCACAGACUAAAGACCACCUCCACUUCCUCCAGGCCUUCAGAUCCCUGAAAGAUCCUCCAACCACCAGGGACUGUAAGUAUGUGGCGGUCCGUCCUGCGUACGUAGAGACCUUGAGGAGCUCUCUGGAUCGGCUGGAGGAGACACUGAACAUGGAGAUAAGGAAGCUGUGGGGUCCUGCUGAGCUGAAGAGGGUCCAGCAGUAUGAAAAAGAUGUGACUCUGGAUCCUGAUACAGCUCAUCCCCGGCUCACCGUGUCUGGGGAUGGGAAACAAGUACAUGAUGGUGGUGUAGAGAAGACACUCCGAGAAAUCCCUAAGAGAUUUUCAUGUUAUCCACUUGUUCUCUCGAGGCAGGGCUUCAACUCAGGCAGUGUUUACUUUGAGGUCCAGGUUAGAGGCAAGUAUUCAUGGCGUAUAGGAGUGGCCGGAGAGUAUAUGGAAAGAAAAAUAAAGACGAUGUUCCCCAUCCCAUUCACCCCUAAUAAUAGCUUCUGGGUGAUAUCAUUACACAAGAGUACGUUUGUAUUUAAUGGUGACCCUGAUGUCCGUCUCCCUCUGAGAGACGAUCUCCCGAAGGUGGGGGUGUUUGUUGAUUUUAAUAAGCGUUUGGUCUCCUUCUAUGAUGUGAAAGCAAGGGUUAUUAUCUACUCUGCUACUGGCUGCACCUUUAGGGGGCGUCUCUAUCCACUCCUCUGUCCAGGUUCACUUGGACAGACUGGUGGAAACUCUCGCUCCCUGAUCCUCUCACCUGUCAAUCAAAUCCAAAUGAACAAACAAGAAUUAAUGAUAUUUCCUGAAUAAUGUGCUAUGUUAGACCUGAAAGAACUGCAUAAAUGUUGUAUACGGUUGUUAUUUACCAAGGAUGGAAAUAUCUAUGUAAAAUAUAGCCCAUUGUAAAUUAUUAUAUUCCUCUACUUCAAUGUGUGUUUUAUUUUAAUUUUACAACAUGAAUUGUUUGUUAUGUAGAACAACUUUGGAGGAUAUCGUUUACAUUGAUCUUUACAUUACUAUAAGUUGUAUAGUUGAUAUAUUUCGGAGUCAUGAAUAAAUACCCAAUUAAAUCUUUCAUCACUUUUCUGAAUUCAAUAAAAAAUAAAUCAAUAGAUUCAUCAAAAUAUGAAAAGUAUCGUGACUUAUACAGCUCUUGGGGAGUGGGGGGAAGAAAUCAUCAUGGUCCCACUUUCUUGUGGAUUAAUGCAUCAAUAUUUGAUUGCAGGAUCUAUUCUCAUUAGAUUAUUCAUGGGGAUCUGGCAACCCAGUCUCACGGAAAUACGUGACACUGUCACGUCACGUCAUUUAAUCUAUUCCUUCGUGAUCUGGGACACGUAAUGUAAAUUUUUUCGUGCCAAAAGCACAAAUUUCAAACUCAUUCUAAAAAGAAGAGAUGAAGCACCUUUUUUUCUGUCGCGGUUUGCCUACAGAGCAGCGCACCUGCAUUAAAUAUAUCCGUGAAUUGUCACAAUUUCUCAGAAUCGAAGGUGAAAGUAGAAACGGGUGGCCAAAAGCUGUCAUACUGUUAGAAAUCUGUGCUUUUUGACCCGAAAAUUGAAAUUACGUGUCCCAGAUCACGAAUGAAUAGAUGAAAUGACGUGACAGCGUCACGUAUUUCCGU